UUGGAGUUUGAGGUUAUGUGACCAGAAGCAGAAACCACAGUCUGUAGGUUAUUGUUUAUUAUAAAUAUCCACAGUUAAACCAUAAUUAUCACAAUACUGUUUUUACAUUUAUAAAAUGGGUAUUAUCAAAUAUUGUCACACCGUGAAUAUUCUACAUUCUAAUGUGCAUAAAUUAAUCAAUCCUGUUAACGGCUCUAAGCUAUGGAAUCAUCAGUUGUCUUCUUCAAAAACUACACAUCAGCUUCAGUCAUUAGGUGAUUUUCUAUCGAAAAAACUGCAAGAAAGUUUACCAAUAACAGAAAAAUUUAUAAGUUCAUUGCCAAAAAUUCGCAAUUCACCUCGUACCUUUUGUACAAAAUCAAGAAGUUCCAGUAAGGUUAUCAGCAAGCAAUGGAGGAGAGAACAACGUGCUUUGGCCAAUCUCCUGCAUCGAUCAGUAUUCAUGCAAGGCCCGCUACGGAAUACCCAUGUCCGUUGUUUGCAUACAAGCUCUUCGAACGGCAGUAAAAGUGACUCUUCCAAAGACGACGAUAAGAAAAACAAAAAAAAUCAACAGGAUGAAGAGACGAUCAGUUCUUUAGUAGUGAAAGGGCUGUUCUGUCUUCUUAGCGCCUACAUGCUCAUGACAUUUCUGUUGAUUCUGCUGCCCACUAACAAUCAACAAGAGAUUAUCCGCUUCAUAACUUGGAAUGAGUUUGUACAUCACAUGCUAGCGAAAGGAGAGGUAGAGGAAAUUAUUGUACAUCCUGAUCUUGAGCUGAUUACUGUCAUUUUAUAUGAAGGCGCCAUUAUCAAAGGGAAACGAACUGAGCAACGCAUGUACUACAUAAACAUCGGAGACAGCAGCUCGUUUGAGGAUAAACUGCGAGCGGCCGAGCAGAGGAUCGGCAUCAAACCGGGGUCGGGGGUGCCCGUGGUCUAUAAGCGAGGCUCCGAUGCUAUUGCCCGGAUUCUGGCAUUUGCAAUUCUCGCCGGAGUCAUAUUCGCCUCUAUGAUGCGAGGCAAGAACUUUAAGGCGCCCAUGUCUAUGGACUCGUUUUCUCAACUGACCAGAGCGAAAUUCACUCUGAUCAAUCCGCUGAUUGGCCAAGGCAAAGGAGUGCAUUUCUCAGAUGUCGCCGGUCUUCAGGAAGCCAAACAGGAAGUUAUGGAAUUCGUUGACUAUCUCAAGAGGCCGGAACAUUACAAGACCCUUGGCGCCAAGGUACCCAAAGGAGCUCUGCUGCUAGGACCCCCGGGAUGUGGCAAAACCCUUCUGGCCAAAGCUGUGGCCACAGAAUCCAACGUGCCUUUUCUCUCAAUGAAUGGCUCAGAAUUCAUUGAAAUGAUUGGCGGACUUGGCGCGGCUCGCGUCAGAGAUCUGUUCAAAGAAGGUCGUAAACGAGCUCCUUGCAUAAUAUAUAUUGAUGAAAUUGACGCGAUUGGCCGCAAAAGGAGUUCUGGAGCUGGAGAACUGGACAGUGCGAUGGGAGAGGGGGAACAAACGCUGAAUCAGCUGUUAGUUGAGAUGGAUGGCAUGGCUUCUAUUGAAGGCAUCAUCAUGCUUGCUUCCACAAAUAGGGCUGAUGUAUUGGACAAGGCUCUUCUCCGUCCCGGUCGCUUUGACAGACAUAUUUUGAUCGAUUUACCAGUUCUAGCCGAACGGAAAGAUAUAUUUGAACAGCAUUUGAAGGGAAUAGCCUUGGAAAACGCUCCUGAUACUUACUCCAAAAGAAUGGCGCAUCUGACUCCUGGUUUUAGUGGAGCAGACAUAGCGAACGUAUGCAACGAGGCAGCACUGCAUGCUGCCAGACACAAGCAGUCGUCUGUCACGGGAGCUGAUCUGGAGUAUGCCGUGGAGCGAGUGGUGGGGGGAACUGUCAAGAAGAGUCAUGCUAUGUCACCGGCCGAGAAAAAGGUGGUGGCUUAUCACGAGUCGGGCCACGCCCUGGUUGGCUGGUUGCUGGAGUAUGCCGAUGCUCUGCUCAAAGUCACCAUAGUACCACGCACCAACCUGGCGCUUGGAUUCGCUCAGUACACGCCUCGCGACCAGAAGCUCUACACCAAAGAAGAGUUGAUCGACAAGAUGUGUAUGGCCCUGGGCGGGAGAGCGGCUGAAGCAUUAAUAUUCAAUCGAAUCACAACUGGAGCCCAAAACGAUUUGCAGAAGGUCACCAAAAUGGCCAAAGCUAUGGUGCGUGAAUUUGGCAUGACCUCGGAAGUGGGUCUGGUAUCGUUUGGUGAAGACAGAAACAGUAAGAGACCUUACAGCAAGAGAUUGGCAGCCACAAUGGAAAUAGAGGAACAGAAAAUAGUGUCUGCAGCCUACCAGAGAACAUGUGACAUACUCACUGCUAACAAGGAUAAAUUAGAAGCGUUAGCACAGGCACUUCUCAAGAAAGAGACACUGAACUACGCCGAUGUAGAAGGCAUAAUAGGGCCUCCGCCUCAUGACAACAAGCGAUUCAUCGAAAAUAUCGAUUUUGAUCUGCCUUCAAGUCCCACUUCCUCCUCAGAGUCAACUGCUAGUGGGCAGGAAACUCAACAAACCUCUAAAGAUCAAACCGAUGAACAGAAGCAAUAGAACUCAAAUGUAAAACUGAAGGCUAAUUUAUUGAUUUGCAAACUCAAAUGUAAAAAUCAUCGCUAGCUUGGGAACUGAAAUGUAAUAAUACUCAACACUUGGGGUCAGACCACAUUGAACGUUUUUUCAAGUUUUAAGGAGUUUCAUUUAAUCUCAUGCAUGUCUGCAAGUCUAUUAUCCAUUCUCAAAGUUAAUACGAUUGAUAAUCUUGAUUAUUUUUAUAAUUGAUAGAAUAGAUUGAUUGAUUCAAGAGGUUUGAGUUGUAGGCAGAUGCACACGAGGCGUUUUUCAGACGAGUCGGGACGGCUCGGCAGGACAGGAACCUCUCCUAAUGGCUGGUUCUCGAUAUGACAACCCAGUCAGCCAAUCGGAGAGCUUCCUGCUCAAGGUCUAUAAAUACAGGUCAUGACACUCAUGUUCCUUAUGGAGCGGCCAUUUUAUGGGGUCUUUAUGGCUGUACAUUUGAAAAUCCAAUCUGAUUCAAUUUGCUCGUAACAAAAUUGUUCAUUUUAAAAACAAUAUUCCAGUUCAGAUAAUAUGUGAAUUCAGGAUAUUGUGAAUUUAUUAAAAUAAUUUUUUAAUAAUGAAAUUUCAAUAAUAUAUGCUUCAAUAAUUAUUAUGUUUCAAAAGGCAUUGGGACAAGACAGAAAUAUGCGAGACCAAUUUCAAAAAGAGUUUCAAGUUCCUGAUCAAUUAAAUCUAAAAAUCAACAAUUCAGUUCCUAGUUGAAAUUUAAAUAUUAUUCUGUCGGAACAAUUUAUUUUACAAUUCAAAGCCAAGCAAUAUUCCUUGAACAAUAUUACAAAAUAACACAUCAUGCUGCUCAAUCCAUAACAAUCAUCAAUUUCUGUGAACUAGGACCCCAUAAAAUUGUGAUUUGCAAUGCAUCACGGGAUUGUGUCAUGACCUGUAUUUAUAGACCUUGUUCCUGCUCUGCCGACUCUUAGAACGCCUGAUAAAACGCUUAAUUUGGUCUGGCCCUCAAGCUGGAUUCACAAACAAGAGUGACAGUGAACAGUGGAAAUAUGAUUCACACUAGUUCUAAUCGAACUAUUCACUCGGCCUAGUGAGUGUGAAUAAUGCCAUUAGAACUUAUGGAAAUUAUAUUUUCAAUGUAUACUGUCACUGUUGUGUGCGGAUCCAGCUCAACUUGUUGAUCUGUGAACUGAAAUGUGUAACUCAUCAUUUUUGCAUUUUGUUGUGAAUCAUGCAUUCGUUACUUUGCUUUAUCAGUUGUAUUUGAAAGCUAGCUAACAUGAAAUUUUCAUGGUGUACAUAAGUACGAUUGUAGAAUAAAGAGAUUUUGUAGUAA